AAACUUGUGAGACAGGGCUGCGUGUCUGAGGGGGACCCAGAGUGGGGUCCCUCCAGCUAGGCCAGGCAGGGAAGACCUCUCUGAGGAGGGGACAUUUGAGUUGAACAUGAUGAGAAGGGGCUUGCAAAGAGCCGAGGGACAGCACCACCAAGGAGGAGCGUGCUGAGGCCCUGCCGUUGGAGUGUGCUGCUGAGUCAGGCUCAGUGGGGGAGGCAGAGGUGCUGGGAGUGAGGUUGGAGGGGAGGCGAGCUCCACCCCAGAGGCCAGCAAGUCUGACUUGCCCCUGAGUGGGAAGGAGGCAUGGCCAGGCUCUGCGGGGGGGAAUAGGCAGCAGACUAGGAGCACUUAGGGGAAGGGCUGCUCCCUAAAAAGAAUGUGGGAGGUGGCAGGACGUGGGAUGGGACAGAGGGAGUGGAAGCACCUCUAUGGGUCUGGCCCAAGAACUUGCGAUGUUCAAUGCAAUUUGGGUUCGAGGGAUGGGUAGCAAGUGUGCAGUAGCUGCUCUAGCAGGAGUCUCGAGUGGAGGGCCCUGGGGAUGGGAGUGGCAUCAGGUAGAUGACCCCUGAAGGUGCAGCAGGAGGAAGGACGCAGGCCCUGGCCCUUUCCACGGGACAGGAAGUCAAGCAGAGGGGCCAUCCGGAGGGAAGCUGGGGCAGGUGUGCUGGGGAGGACUGAGGCUGUGUGGCUGAUGGCCAGGCCCUGCGUCCUGAGUCCAACCAGGCCACGGCAGAGCCCCAGCCCCCGUGUGGUGGGGUCAGGCUUAGGCAGGCUUGGUGGGGUGGGCUGUCUCAAGGGGACCAAGGAGCUUCUGGGGCGAGGUGGGCAUGAGGACGGGCAGGGUAGGCCACUGUUGAUGGGGACUGAGGAAGGGAUUGGUCAUGCCUGGAAGGAGACAGGGCUGAGCGAUGGGAUGGGCCUCUCUGUUCCGCCUGCACAGAUUUCCCCUGAAGCUCCAGUCAGCUGGGCUGCUCUCAGUCCCUAUACAUGCGCCAGGCGGGAUAGGGCAGGGUUGCCACUGGCCUGGCCUGUGCCCACAGCGGACACCACAGCAUACACAGCCUGUCAACCCCAGCUCACCCCUAGACAGGGCGCCCAACCCAAGGCUAGCCCGGGGCUCUAGGCAGCGGGGACCACACAGCCCUGGAGUAACGCCCGCCGGCACAGGCAGUGGCUCUGUAUCCCACGCCAUCAUCCGCACCAUUGCACCCACGGGCCACCUGCACACGGUGGAGUUCCACCAGCAGCGGGCAGAGAAGGCCCGGGAGGAGUUCCAGGAGCACCGUGUGGGCCGCUGGGUGACUGUGCGCACCCAGGAUGUGUGCCGCAGCGGCUUUGGCGUGAGCCACGUGGCCGACGCCGUCUUCCUGGACAUCCCGUCACCCUGGGAGGCUGUGGGCCACGCCUGGGAUGCCCUCAAGGUCGAAGGUGGGCGCUUCUGCUCCUUCUCGCCAUGCAUCGAGCAGGUGCAGCGCACAUGCCAGGCGCUGGCGGCACGUGGCUUCUCGGAGCUGAGCACCUUGGAGGUGCUACCACAGGUCUACAACGUGCGCACUGUCAGCCUGCCACUGCCCGACCUGGGCGCGGGCACAGAUGGUCCUGCCAGCCCCGACACUGGCCCCUUCCGCAGUGGCACGCCCAUGAAGGAGGCCGUGGGCCACACCGGCUACCUGACCUUCGCCACCAAGACCCCAGGCUAGGGGGCCGCCACCCAGGGCAUCAGGGAGCUGGGAGCACCGAAGGGCUGGGCAGGGAGGCCAGAGGCACCUUAUAUGGUCUGCGAUGCCUGCCAGACACAGAUGGUGGGGCGGGGCUUGGGGGCCUCCUGGGUGGCCAGAGUGGGACGGCAGGAGGGGUGGCUAUGAUGGAGGAGGAGUGCUGGGGCUGGGCCUCAGCCAUUGCUGUCCAGUCCCGCGGCCCAUCCCAGCUGCUGUUUGUUGCCAAUAUGAAGUCUCCACUGUCACAGGCUCCCCUGGAUGUUGAGGCCAAAGGGUGCAGGUGGGGGAGUCUGACCCCCUCCCAGGUGGGCCUAAGCAGGAAGGGGGUGGAGGAGGGAGGGGGCAUUGUCCCCGAGGUCAUGCUGCAUCUGACCCCUGAGCCCCCACGGCCCUGGCUGCCCCACAGGGCCUGAGACCAUCUCGUGUUUCUCCAGUUCCCAGGCUGAGGCUCCAGCUUGGGCCAGAAGCUGGGGUGAGAUGACCAGGAUCCCUGCCCUGCUCUCCCCAGUGCUAGGAGACCAGGCCAGCCCAGGAACCAGGGAGGUGACCCUGCUCUCUGGCCUUCAGGCUGACGUCACAGCACUGGGCUCAGCCCAGGCCUGCGUCCACUCAAGUCCAAGAGGCGGGGCAGCCCCCACCCAGCCAGAGCCCCUUGACACAGGCCAGGCAGCGCUGUGGAGAGGAGCAGCAGAGCGGGUUGUUCGCCACAGGCGACCAGGCAAGCGUGUCGGGGCUGGGGUGUGAGUGCCAGCCUGUGAGUCACGGAACUAUGUGGGCACCCCUACCCCUCACAGAAGUCAGGGGCAUGGAGGAGGCCCCCCCACGGGACAACAGUGUGGGGUUGGGGAGGUGUGUCCAGGACACCUUCCAGGGACAGUGCCUAUGUGAACACCUCUCAAAGGCUAAGGGGGCAUUUUCCAAAGCGGGGACAGAGGGUGGGACGCCCAGGCUGGGGGGCUCUCCUCGCCCACCCUGGUGUGUGACAGCCUCAAGGGAGGACCGGUGCCUGUGUCAGCCAUGGGGUCCUUGGAGCUGCCACUGGUGCCUAGGGGGCCUGGGGUUCAGCCCAUGGAGUCAGCAGCAGUUGGGAGCCUCAGCGGCUGUAGGGGCCUUGAGUGCUGUGCUGGCAGGCGCCUGGCCCUGAGUGUCAGUGAUGAGCAAUAAACGUGCCGUGCCCUC